UUGAGUAGGAUGUCGCGUAGGCUGGACGCGUUUCGUGAUGUUUAACGUGAUUACUUGCGGUUGAAGGGGAACCUGAAAAGGGGAAAAAAAUAAUCUUGGUUGAAAUGCAGAAGAGAAGUGAGGCUUCAUAUGUGACAACAAACAGACCGGGUUGAGACUAAACCGCCUCAGGAGCUUCAUCACACGAGUUGGACUAUUUCGCAGCUGCUGUACGCAAGGAAAUGGAACUUAUUGUUCAUUUUUUUUAUCGAGUAUAAACUUGCCAGAGAUAUAUUUUUAAACAAGUAAAUACAUAUAUAUAUAUAGGAAAAUACUGAUAUUAGACAUGACGCGUUGUAGUUCGACCUAGCCUCCUGUUUUGGUGUGAACAUCACGAGUGAGUGACGCUACACAACUAGCUAGCAAUUCAUGAUAAACCAUUAACAGUUAAAAACAAGAUAAAUAAAUGAAUACACAGACUUUUAAACGAAAUGAAAAAAAAAUAGAUGAGGGGAAAAUAUGAUUAUUAGCACAGUAUAGCCUCCGUGCUAAAUAGCUUGAUGAGGAUGUGGCUCCAUGGCAUCCUCGGUGAAGUGAGGUAACUCAUCAAAAUUGAAGAAAUAUGCGAUGUGUUACUUAAUAAUAACAAUUAAUCAAUAAUAUUAAUAAUAAAACCCGUGACUGACAUUUCGUUUAGGACUUGAUAUAAAAUAUCCCGCUAAAGCUUAAAAACAUGGCGAACACCGGGCUGUUUUUGUCCCGAUCCGAGUUCGAAAAUCCAGCCGGACCCCUGAUGUCCGGACCCGGCGAGGGAGCCGCGCAAGGGCCGCUUCCGCCCUCCAACUCCUCUCCCACGGACCCGGGCAUGAAGGGCUGCGCUAACGGGGACCUGAUGGACAGCUUCGGGAUCUUCCUGCAGGGCUUGCUGGGGGUGGUAGCCUUCAGCACUCUCAUGUUGAAACGCUUCAGAGAACCCAAGCAUGAAAGAAGACCCUGGAGGAUCUGGUUUCUUGACACUUCCAAACAGGCCAUUGGGAUGCUCUUUAUUCACUUUGCUAACGUGUAUCUGUCAGACCUCACAGAGGAGGACCCGUGUUCUCUGUACCUCAUAAACUUUCUGUUGGAUGCUUCACUGGGCAUGUUAGUGAUUUAUGGUGGUGUGAAGACCGUUAGUGCUGUGGUCGAGUGGAGGCAGUGGGACUCGCUGCGCUUCGGAGAAUAUGGGGAGCCGGUACAGUGCACUGCCUGGGCAGGUCAGUGUGCGCUCUACAUCUUCAUUAUGAUGUUUGAGAAGGUGGUCAUCAUCCUGGUGCUGCUAAUCCCUCAGUGGAAGAAGCUGGCCAUGCUCAACCCCAUCACAAACCCACAGCUGGAGCUCGCUCUCGUUAUGCUCAUUGUCCCGUUCUUUGUUAAUGCACUGAUGUUCUGGGUCGUCGAUAACUUCUUGAUGAAGAAAGGCAGGACAAAAGCCAAGCUGGAGGAGAGAGAGGUCGGGGACGAUCCCCGAGGCAGCAGCAAGGUGCGCUACAGGCGAGCGCUGUCUCACGACGAAUCCGAAUCUGAGAUCCUGUUCUCAGCGGACGACGAAAUGGAGGAUUCGGAUGGUGACGAGGACGUACGCAGGCUAACCGGUCUCAAAACUGUCAAGAAAAAGAAACAUCGACUGGGUAUUCCUCCAGGAGAGGUGAAGAAGAAGAAGCGUCCGCCCGUGAAGGAGGAGGAUCUGAAAGGGGCCCGUAGUAAGCUGGGCCUGAAGGGAGAAGUGAAGAGUAAAACAUAUGAAGUCAUGGUGGAGUGUGAACGUAUGGGCAAGACCGCGCCAUCUGUGUUUAGCGGAUUGCGCACUGGAACUGAGACGGCCCUGGACAAGGCCAAACCUUCAGGGAGUGUCUUCAGCAAGUGAGAGGAUCAGGAAAUCAUCUGCAUUAUACGGAAAGAUGGCUAGAAGCUCACUGUGGGCAAAUAUUUUAAGAUGAGAUUUUUACGAAUUUUUUAUUUUAAGGCUGAUGUUUUUGAGGCUAGUAAUAAACAAUCUAACUACAAUUUUGACAUAUAUUGAAAUUAUACAUACAUGAAAAUUACACAUAUAUUAUUUCCAAACAUUGAA